AUCUAUUUCUCGUUGAAUUUUGCUUUUGUUUUUUACAUUGCCGCUAAUUUACUCAUACUCAUUCCAAUGUUUGCGUCCCGACUCCUUUGCACAGUAUCCAGGGCACCUCGCAUUCUCGCCGGCGGUCUGCGGCAGUACCACCAGUCGCCGUUCGGCUUCGCACCGGCAGUCACCGCCUCAACACAGCACCAAACGACUGCGUCCGGCCUCGUGCCUAUCGUGAUCGAGCAGUCCGCGCGUGGCGAGCGCUCCUUCGACAUCUUCUCGCGGCUCCUCAAAGAGCGCAUCAUCAUGCUGAACGGACCGGUCAACGACUCCCUCAGCUCACUUGUCGUCGCGCAGCUGCUCUUCCUCGAGGCCGAGGACCCCGAAAAGCCCAUCUCCAUGUACAUCAACAGCCCCGGCGGCAGCGUCACCGCAGGAAUGGCGAUCUAUGAUACCAUGCAGUACGUGCAAUGCCCAGUGUCCACGCUGUGCAUCGGCCAGGCAUGCUCGAUGGGGUCGCUGCUUCUGACGGCGGGCGCCAAGGGCCAGAGGUUUGCGCUGCCGAACUCGUCGAUUAUGAUCCAUCAGCCCAGUGGUGGCGCCGAGGGGCAGGCAUCGGACAUUGCGAUUCACGCACGAGAGAUCCUCAAGACACGAGAGAGACUGAACAAGCUGUAUGUGGAGCACAGCGGUCAGGAUAUUGCCGUUAUCGAGAGGUCGAUGGAGAGGGACAACUUUAUGAACCCGGAGGAGGCUUUGGCCUUCGGUCUCAUUGACCGUGUUAUCGAGAAGCGUGCAAAGUAGUAGGCCCGGUUUGUUUUGGCAGAACAUUGCGGCAGCUGCAAUAGCAGAGCAGACCUGUGCAUACCCUCCAAUAUGUAAACAAAGCCGCUAUGCAAUAUUUUGAAUUGCCCUUUUCUAGCCUACAACACAUUGUCUGGAUUGCCCACUAGGGGAGCAUUGUUCCUAAGCCGCAUGCAUUGGGCAUUCUAGCAUAUAAUAUACUUGUGCUGCUAC